CUUGGCUGCUGUUUCUGUUCAAGCAGACCUAAGGUCGUUGUGAAAGGAAAAGCUGGCCAUUAUUCUUGGGAAACACGAAAUAAGGUAGAAUCAGACAAUUCUACAAUCGCUGAUCGUGUCGGUACUAUAUGUGGAAGAUUGCCUGGAACGAUUAAUGGACAGCAGUUUAGAAUCCGGAAUUGUAAGGACGUCUUUAUUUACGUAUAUAAUCAUGUAAACACUGUAACUGUCGACGACUGCGUAAACUGUACGGUUGUAAUUGGAGCUGUCCAGACUAGUCUAUUUAUUCGGGAUUGUGAGGAUUGCAAUGUUCUGGCUGCUUGUAAACAAUAUCGUAUCCGGGGUUGCAAAAAUAUUGCAUCAUUCGUUGCUUGUGGGUCUGAGCCAAUUAUCGAAUCCAGCAGUUCAAUACAUUUCGCACCAUUCCAGUUAUUUUACCCCGAACUGAUAGACCAGUUUAAAGCUGCUGGAUUGAACCCAUUCAAUUGCUCUUACUCAUCCGUUCACGAUUUCACACCCAAGGCGACUGCUUCCCCCAACUAUGACUUUUUUCCAACAUCAGAAGACAUAGCAAAGCGCAUUCUUUUGCCGAACGACCUCGCAUCUAAAUUCAGCUUGUCCUCUGCUCGCGAAAAUGCGGGUUUGUCUUUUAUAUAA